AGCCUGUGGGAUGAUUGAAUGCUCUGGAUUCAAUCAAUGCAGGCCAGGAAGAAAAGUUCAAAACUCCUCAGACCUACCCAGUACAUCAUGUCAGCUGUCAAUGACACCAAAUUCACACUUGCUGUGUUCCUUCUCACUGGGAUAUCUCAGCAGGAAGACAUCCAUCUCUGGAUCUCUAUCAUCUUCUGCUUAAUGUAUGUUCUUUCGAUAGUAGGAAAUUCAGUCAUUCUGUUUAUUAUAAAAACAGAUCCAAGCCUCCAUGAGCCCAUGUACAUUUUCCUUUCCAUGUUGGCCGUCACAGACCUUGGCUUAUCGAUAGCCACCAUGCCGACGAUACUGGGCAUAUACUUGUUUAACUCUAGGGAAAUCGGUCUAGAUUCAUGUUUUGCUCAGCUGUUCUUCAUCCAUUCUCUUUCAAUCAUUGAAUCCUCUGUCCUGUUGUUGAUGGCCUUUGACCGCUUCAUCGCAAUCUGUAACCCACUGAGAUAUGCUUCCAUCUUAACUCCACCGAGAAUAGCUAAAAUGGGACUGGUGCUUCUGCUAAGAGGGGUAGCCUUAGCAUUCCCAUUCCCCUUUCUCCUGAAACGAUUCCAAUAUUGUCAAGCCGAUGUCCUCUCCCAUUCCUACUGCCUGCACCAGGAUGUCAUGAAGAUGGCUUGUUCGGACAUCACAGUCAACAGUAUCUAUGGCUUGUUCAUAAUAGUCUCCACGGUGGGGUUGGACUCACUGCUCAUCCUGCUAUCUUACGUGAUGAUCCUCAAAACAGUGCUUAGCAUCACGUCCCACGCAGAGUGCCUCAAAGCCCUGAGCACCUGCAUCUCCCAUGUCUGCGCCAUCCUGGUCUUCUACAUGCCAGUGAUUGGCCUUUCUCUGAUACACAGAUUUGGGAAGAGUUUUUCUCCUUUGCUUCAGAGUCUCCUGGGCUAUGUCUACAUGCUGGUCCCGCCCCUGAUGAACCCAAUCGUGUACAGCAUGAAAAGCAAACACCUUCGCGUGAGGAUAAUCAAGGUGUUCAUCAAGUGA